AUGGACGCAGUAUCCCAAUUCGUAGUUGGUUCUCCCUACAUGACAAACGACAUCACCCAAACUCAUAUUACUUCGCACGAAGCCUACUUUGGCGGACGCCCGAUAUUUGGACUAUUUGGAGACCAAAACAAUGCCACGCUAGGUGAUUUACGUGUACCUUCUUCCACCGACCUAUGGGAAACACCUGUUUCUCGUCGUGACGCGUCACAUCAUCAAUCAAUGAAUACGAGGAACACCCCCACUGUCAUCACCACCGAUACACGAAUGCGCCCACCACCAUUAGGCAGCAUCCCACGUGCAUCAUCAACCGGAUCAUGCUUUUCAACAUCCUGUUUACGCCUCCGUGAAAACUCGAAUGUCUUUUCAUCACCACCGCUACAACAUGGCACAGACUGUUUCGCAUCACCGAUUAUUACUUCAGCGCCGAAUGGAUAUCAUGAAAUAUCGCUCAUAUCUGCUAUAUCGAGUGGUGAGCAUCACCAUAUGGUGGAAUUGGAAGCUUCUGUGUUUGCGGCCAAGUCGUCGAGCAAACGACGUGCGUCAUUGUCACAGACUAUGAAUGCUAUGACUCUGUCGCUGGCGGAUGUGUCGCCUUCGUCUGCCUGUCUUGCUGCUAUUAAAUCGGAGUAUGAGAGUAGCUGUACUUUGAAUGGGGACAGUGAUGACACGAAUACUAUAAAGGAGGAGACGAGACAUAUCAAGAAGAAGGCCAGAAGGGGUGGAGCCGCUGCAGAUGAGACUAGGAAGGGUAGCACCAAGAAGUUUAAGAGUGAAUCGAGAACGUCCGUUGAUACGUUGGAUGGUAGUGAUGCUGUUUCUCCAGUCAAAGUGGAAUCUGAUGCUUCUGCUGGAUCAAUGGAUAUAGAUUCUGAAGACACUGCUGUCGCUGCUACACCAGUUGAUGGAAUCAAGAAAAACAACAAGAAGAAUCGUGUCGCUACGAUUCCUCGUCCACCAAAUUCUUUCAUACUGUACCGUCGUGAAAGACACGCCGCAAUUACAAGCCAAUACAAGAACUCUGCUGGCAAAGUCCUAAAUAAUAAUGUGAUUUCUAAGAUUGUGGCUUCAAUGUGGCAGAAUGAGUCUCCUGAAGUCAAGGCUACGUAUACUGCCAAGGCUGAGGAGGAGAAGAAGGCACAUCGUGAAAAAGCAUCUUCCUACAUCACCAGAUACCCACAUUACAAGUACCAACCACGUAAAAAUCUCACCAAAGGACCUGGCAAAGCUACUUUUACCGGUGACGGAUCUACUACAUCAGCGAGCCUCACUACUAUCGGUCGCCCUAAUACUCCAGCAUCAUCUUCAGCUACAUCCCUCCUAUCGACCAUAAAGUCAAACAUGAUGUCUACAUGGCUUUCUCCUCCUCCACCAGCUGUUUCGUCAACAACUACACCAUCCGCACAUCUUCCAACAGCAUCUAAUCUUCAGCAACAACAACAGCCACGUAUCAUCCAAAUCCAUCAACAGCAACUAGCACCAGCGACCAAUAAUACCAAUACCAAUAGCUUUAAUCUGAACCUCGGUGGACAGCGGGUUAAUGUGUAUGCCAUGGGAAUGAUGGGUGGGCAACCGUGUUUUACUUUGAGUGUGGGCGGUGGUGGUGGGUCGUCCUUGUUUCGUACCGCGAGUGGAACUAGUAAUGGUGCUGCUGCUACGAGUGCACCGUCCGAGACUCAUUAA